AUGUCUGACGAAAUUCUGGAUCGUUUAUUGAAUGUUUGCAAUAGGAUUAAAGCAACCGCAGAAAGUGCAAAGCAAGUUAAUUAUGAUGUUUCUGAAGAAGACCUUACUGGAAAUGGCUUUGGACGCUUUUUCUCGAUUAACAUCUGCGAAACCGCAAAUCUUAACCAUUAUGGGACUUUUAUAGUUUUAUCGGUGUGCAGUCAUAAGCAUGUUAUUUUUAUGUGUACUGUUCAAAUUUUGUUUUUUAUUUCCGCAUUUGAGCAAGAGGAACGAACACCGAAAUUAAUCCGCUGGUUGAACAGUGAUAGUUUACUUCGACCUGAGUUGCAAUUUUCGUUUUGCUCCAGUGGAGCAGGCAGAAAUUCAGGAGAGGAAGUACAGGCUACUUUGUCGCCGUAUUCUUCGAUCCCUUCAGAUCCCACUCGUGAACGUCUUUUCUCAUUUCUUGGAAAGAACUGGAAGAUAAAGCCGAAAGAGGUAUCGCUUUUGACUUUGGCGCAGCAUGGCUGGCGUUGUGUGGAUAUCGACCUUCUGCAAUGUGUUAACUGUAAAAACUUCAUGAAUGUUUCACUUCCACCACUAGAAGAAGUUGAUAUAAGCGUCUUUAAUGCUGUCAUAAAGAAGAUUAACAAAGAAAUAAUCGACAGACAUGCGUCAACUUGCGCUAUGCGAAACUCAAGUAGAGAACUUGUUCCUCUUGGCAAUCCAACCUUUUAUCUGGAAAAAAUCAGGAAAAGGUAUGAGACACUGAUUAGUAUGAAUUUAAAAUCAGUCAGCGUUGGAAAAUUGGAUGAUAAAAACGAUGUCCGUUUAUCAGCUUUGAACUUUUUGAACCAAAAAGCUGCUGUCUUGGCGUGCCUAGGUUGGCAUAAAAGCGGAUUAGUCAGGGAUGCCAUUACUUGCGACUAUUGCGAGCGCACUGUUGGUUUAUGGCUAUUUAAAGAUGGAGUAAGUCUUGAUGGAGGGAAUGAGCAUUACAAAUGGUGUGCGUAUAUUGAAAUAUUCCGGGAUGGUAGUAUUGCUUGGGAGCGCCACCUGGCUAUCGCAACAGACUUCGCCAGUCGUAAGAGGAAAUUUACUUUCACAACUGAAAUGGCGGAAAAAGUUCGAGUUAUUGAAGAUUCGAUUUCACCUUGUAUCAAACAAAUCUAG